AGCGUUUCCGUCCUGCAGCUCGAAGUCGAAGGCCGCUUGAAAAGCGCACGAAUGGGUUCGCUGAUGACUUUAACGAAACAUUCCGUGCUGUUUUGAUGGAUUUCCUUCACCCAAUCAAAUCUGCCGUUACACAAGUGGACUGAUCAAGAUUUUCACUCGGAGGUGAAGAAGAAUUUGCUGCGUUCCAACCGUGUUUUUUGGUGGAUAUUGGAGUCGUCUUUUCCCUCUGUCGUCUUCUUGUUGGUGUGUAUGGUUUGAACAAGCUAGCGUUAGCCUCGCUUCUUAGUGGGCUGCUUUUAGCUGCUGCCAUGGUCCUUGCAAGUCUAUGCGGAUGUCUCCGGGGCAGUUCGUGCUAAAACGAACUCAACAAAUGGGAACAUCCAGCAUUGGCUGAACACACCGUGGCAUCAAAUAAAGGUUCCAUUCACGCUUUAAGGAAAUUCCACAUUCGGAUCUUGGGACACCCGAAGAUUCUCUGGUGCUUCUCUUUUUGGAUUUUAACCCACUGGCAUUCUCCCACAACCAUGGAAUCGACGGUUGAUGACGAUGCAAUGGCAGCGUGAAUGAAGCUUGGCGUGGGGAGAGCUGAACGAUGCCCAAAGGUGGGGGUUCUAAAACCCCCCAGCUGGACCACUUCCCACUUAACACCGACAUGGUGGAAAAGCAGGGUGGGAAGAAGGAAAAAGUGUUGUCAAAUAAGACUCCCAAAUUGGAUCGCAGUGAUGGGGUUAAAGAGAUGAAAGAGAAGGCAUCGAAAAGGAAACUGCCGUUUACAACUGGAGCAAAUGGAGACCAGAAAGAUUCUGACUCAGAGAAACCAGGUCCAGAGCGGAAGCGCAUUAAAAAGGAGCCCACAAACACCCGGAAGGCAGGCUUGCCGUUUGGAAUGGGGAUGCCGGGCAUCCGGGCGGGGUACCCUCUCUCCGAGCGGCAGCAGGUGGCCCUGCUCAUGCAAAUGACUGCUGAGGAGUCCGUAAACAGUCCAGACACAACACCAAAGCACCAGUCACAGUCCAGUCUAGGUCAGAAGGGAACGCCAAACUCUGCAUCUAAAACCAAAGAUAAAGUAAAUAAAAGAAAUGAGCGAGGAGAGACUCGGCUGCACAGGGCAGCGAUUCGUGGCGAGGUACGCCGCAUUAAGGAACUCAUCAGCGAGGGAGCCGAUGUGAAUGUAAAAGACUUUGCAGGCUGGACUGCAUUGCAUGAGGCUUGCAACAGGGGGUAUUACGAUGUGGCCAAGCAGCUGCUGGCAGCCGGAGCGGAGGUCAACACCAAGGGUUUGGAUGACGACACCCCUCUCCAUGAUGCAUCCAAUAAUGGACAUUUUAAGGUGGUUAAGCUUCUUUUACGGUAUGGGGGCGACCCACGACAAAGUAACCGAAGAGGUGAAACGCCUUUGAAUGUUGCCAACUCUCCAACUAUGCUGAAUUUAUUGCUGGGGAAAGGCACAUACACCUCAAGUGAAGAAAGUUCCUCAGAAUCUUCAGAGGAGGAGGAUGUUCCCUCGUGCGCCCCUUCCAGCUCUGUCGACGGCAAUAACACAGACUCUGAGUUUGAGAAGGGCUUGAAGUUAAAAGGGAAAGCAUUGGACCCUCCUAAAUCUGCGGUCACCCCCGUCAAAGACGAGUAUGAAUUUGACGAAGAUGACGAGGAGGAGCGAGUGCCCCCCGUGGAUGAUAAGCACCUCUUGAAAAAAGACUUCCGUAAGGACACGGUUAGCAAGGCCAACAGUUUCAUCUCCAUACCCAAGAUGGAGGUCAAAACCUAUUCCAAAAGCAACUCGCUGACACCAAAGAAAGCCGUCCGACGGAUCAUCUCGGACAGUAACAGUUCAGAUGAGGACGACAGAACGCUCUGUUUCACGCCGGCGCCGACGCCGCGACAACAGGCCCUUCAAACAAACGCCAAGACAAGAGACUCUGGAAAUCUGAGUUCCAAACAACUGAAAGACAAGAAUAAAGUCAAAAAGAAGAGGAAGAAGGAGAGUAAAAACAACGUUGGCAAAGAAGUCCGGUUCGGGAAAGUCAACGACAAAUUCUGUACGUCCGAUUCUGAUUGCGGCGACCUGGAGAGCGAAGACGAUAAAGGUUCCAACAGCAUGAAGGAUUCUUCAAUGCUUGUGAAAGAAUCCUCCGGCUUCAAUAUGUCCUCCUCCUCGCAUGUCAACUCUCAGAAACAAGCGCCGUCACUAGCGGAGCAACACCCGAAGCAGUGGAGGACCGAUGGCUGGAAGACGGUGUCGUCUCCCACGUGGUCGGAUGUAAGCUCUCUGUCUGACUCGGUGAGAACCAGGCUGUCCAGUGAGUCGGACUACUCCUCUUCCGAGUCCAGUAUUGAAUCGAUAAAACAAGUGAAGCGGAAAGGAGCAGACAACAAAAAGAAGAACAACAAUGUCCACAAUAACACGAUGGACAAGAAAAACUCUGACAUCUACAAAAAUGCCACCGCUGACAGUACAGCCUCCAAAACGGACGGGGACGGUAAAGUGCUCAAGAAGCAUAAGGUGAAGCACAAGCACAAAAGCAAAGAAAAGGAGAAGGCCCCCAGCCUCGUGCUUAAUCAAGACAUGAACGAAAAAUUCGUCAAAAGCUAUUCGUUUGAUUUUGACGAUUCGAGGCAAAAGUCUGUCGCCGCGGAGUCGGAAUCGCCGGCCGAAAGCAAGAUCAAGCUAUCGAAACAUGAGAAAGACCAUUCCAAAAAGGAAGAAAGGCUCUCCAAAAGCAAGUCUGAAGAAAAGGACUGGUCGUCGGGCAAGGACUCGCAUAGAACGGCGGAAAAGGAGAAAAAUAAGAAAACUAAGGACUCGGUCAAGGACAAAGCAAAUAAGGACGAGCGAGAGAAGCCCCUGAAAUCGGACAAGGAGAGAAUCGUCAAGGACAAAGCCAAGGAGGAGAAACAGAAAAACCAUAAAGAGGAAAAGAAGAAAAAGUCAAAGGAGAAAUCCCGGCCCGAUAGGAAAAAUGAGCCAAAAGAGGAAAAGCAUCUCAAGGUUGACAAGGAGAAAAGCACCAAGGAGGAGAAAUGUAAAAAGGACAAAGUUCUCAAGGACGAGUCCGAGUAUGAAAGCUACGACGUCAACAACCGUUUCCUCAACCUGGAUGACGCAAAGCUCAGCGCCUCGGAUGACCAUCAUGACCGAUGGGGCUCAGAGAUGUCCUCGGACUCCUCCCUCUAUGGAGAUGACAGCUGGGAUGUCCCCGUCAAAGAGUAUAAAGAGUACAAAGCCAAUCAUUCGGUGAAACUCAUCGUUGAGACCGUCAAGGAAGAGACGAGGAGAAAAGAAAAAGUGAAAGACAAGAAAUCGGAUCAUAGCGAGAAAAGACCGGAGAAGGAGGCCACGUCCAAAAAGAAAGACAAAGACUGUUCGGAAAAGACCAACGAGAAGAAAAAAGAUUGGUCGGAGAAACAAAAAAUGAACUCGGGUCACUCUGCUGAAAAGGAGAAGAAGCGGAAAGAAUCCACAGAAACGGGUAAAGACAAAAAAGACAGAGAUUCCCUGGACAACGGCCGAGAACGCAAAGAUUCGUACGACUUUGUGAAGGAGAGAAAAGACGGCAAAAUCAAGCAAGAGUCCAUUCGGGAAGACUACAGCAAUGACUCGUUCUUCAAAGAAAUGGACGCCGUCAGCAAGUCGUGCGACAUCCGCGAGAGAAACCAUUCCGGUAAGGAGAAAGAAAAGAAGUUUGAGGCAAUGGAAAAACGAGAGAAAACAAAAGCAGAGAAGCACAAGGAGAAAAUAAAAGACCGAGGUGCGGACCAGGAGAAGGACAAGAGCGACAAAUUCUCCGGCGAAAAAACGGCCAAGGAAAAGGACGUUGAUCGCGCGGCGGCCAAAGACAAGAAGGAGGGCCUGAAAGACAAACACAAAGAGUCUCACGGCAAGGACAAAGAUCGAAAGAUGUCAUCGGAGCAGAGCAAGGACAAGAAGGAAAAGGCCUCCCAAGACAAACACGCCGAUAGAGAAAAGGAUUUCUUUGACGUGAAAAAAGAGGAAAGAAAGCCGGAGAAAAUCCGAGAGAAGACGUGGUACAAAAUAGCAGACAUUUUCACGGACGAAAGUGACGACGAGGAGGACGCCUACAACGGCGCUCACGUUUCCGACUCGAUCAGAAAAGAUUCAACACCCGAUCAAGAUGAUCUGGAUCACUUUCCAUCGGACAAAGUCAGGAAAAUGUCGUCGGAGACCAAACACGGCGCCGAGAAGGCCAAAGAGAAAGACCAUAAGGAGAAGAAGAAAGAAAAGACCACCUUUGACACCGGCAAGGAGCGCAAGGGCUCCCUCGAGAAACACAACAAAGACAAGAAAGAAUCCGCCGACGUCAAACAUAAGGAAAGAAAAGACCGAAUGUCGGCCGACUCCAACCAAGAGAAGAAAAAUAAGCAGAAGCUCUUGGACAAAAGGGACAACAGUGAGGAUAAAACAAAAAACAAAUACAAAGACAAGACGGACAAUCCCAAGGAGAGGAAGCCAUCGAAGGGCAGCGGUGAAAAUGAAAAGUCCCUCCUGGAAAAAUUGGAAGAAGAAGCUAUGAAUGACUACAAGGACGACUCCAAUGACAAGAACAGCGAUAUUUCGUCCGACAGUUUCACGGACAGGGGCCACGAGCCGAUCCUGGCGAGUUACUACGAUUCCAUCGGACUCGCCGAUAUGGCCGAGGACAGGAGGGACUCCCUUUCUAUCUCCACACCCCAGGACAAGUUCAGAGAGAAAGAAAGACAUCGGCAUUCCUCCUCCUCCUCGUCCAAGAAAAGCCACGACAAAGAUAAAGACAAAGUCAGGAAGGACAAACGCGACAAAACGGAAGAAAUCCGAGACAUGUACAGUCGGCGGGAAAGCUUGCCUUUCGAGAAAGAGCCCAUGCCUCUCGAGGCGGAUCCUUACACGUUCCCGUACGGCGGGAAAGGAGAUGGCGAAGACGAUUUUGAGAAGACGUUAGAAUUUGAAAAAGAGAUGUCCAAAAAAGACAAGGCGACUGCUGUCAUCGGUGACCGGAUGAAGGACAAAAAGAAAAAGGAAAAACAUAAAGACAAAAUCAAGGAGGACCGCAACAAGCACAUCGAUGGAUUUGGUUCGUCGAAGCAUUCCAAAGAAGACGUCAAGUCGGGAUUAAAGGAGAGCCCUCAGGUCACCGUUUUGAAAGACAGAUCAAAAGAAGACAGCCCUAAAUUUGACCUGAAAAAAGACAGAAAUCGGGAUCUAUCGGAGAAAGACAACAGAUUAGACCACGCCAAGUCGAAAACUAAAGAUGAAAACGAAAAGCUCAAUCUGGCCAAAGACACCGGACGGAAAGAUAACCGGCCGCGGGAAAAACUCCUGGUCGAUGGCGAUUAUCAAAUGACGAGCUUCGGUCAGAUGCUGAGUCUGAAAGAUCAAGAAAUCGAAGAGCGCCACAAAAGGCAUAAAGAGAGGAUGAAACAGAUGGAGAAGCUGAGACCCAAGUCGGGAGACCCCAAACUUAAGGACAAAGCCAAGUCCGCCGAAGAAGUCAGGAAGAACCGCGGUGAGCUCUCCUCAAAGAAGUCAUGCAGCUUGGAGUCCGGUCUCAAGGAGAAGAAGCUGAAGGACGUUGGCCUACCAGCUCAAAUGGUGUCCCCGAGUCGGAAGUUCCAAGCGCCUACAGACAGCCACAACUCAAAAGACUGGCUGCCCGGCCAUCAAAUGAAAGAGAACCUCCCGGCUUCUCCCAGGUCGGAACACAACAGGCCGACCGGAGUGCCCACGCCAACAUCCGUCAUCUCUUGCCCCAGUUACGAGGAGGUCAUGCAGACUCCGCGGACUCCGUCUUGCAGUGCAGAAGAUUACCCGGAUAUUAUGAUUGAUGGGCUGGAUUGCCAGAACUCCUCCGCCAUGACCAUGUCUAUGAAUGCGUGUUCACCGUCCUUCUUUGAAAGCAGGUACUCCCAAAGUUUUCAGGAAGGCACAUGCCCCACCCCAGCAAAGAACCUCCAGCUGCCACUCAUCAGCCGUUCUGCCUCCUCGGAUGUACGCAGGCCUCUGGAAGAAGAGUUCAAAAUUGAGGCCGACAAGUUCCUCCGACAGCAUAGCGAUCCGUCCGCUGAAUUUGAUCCGACUACCGGUUCACAAAUUCUAGAAGAGAAAUCGGCCUCUGCGGAUAGACUCGAGAGCUUGCCCUCGCCCUACUUCUCUCCCAUUAGGUUGUUGUCUCCCCGACAGGAACCGAGUCAUCCCGCACCAGAUCUGGCAACGCCGACGCUCCCUUGCACGGAGACCAGUGAGCAUCUUUCCGAUGGUGUUUACAGCGGUUACUUGCCGAAGCCAUCUACACCCGUUCACAGGCCAGAUCCGCUGGAGCCCUGCUUUGACAUCGCUGCACCGCCGACGCCGGCUCCUGCGGCACUGCCCCCGCUUGACAUUGACGACAUCUCGGAACCUCACCACAGCGAGCCCAACCUCGUCCUCUCGGAUCUCCCCUCAGUCAUAGAAGAAAGGGAUGAAGAAGAGGACGAUGAAGGCGAAGACCUCGAUUUAGAUGACAGGAGAGAUGAUGAUCAUUGUGCGGCGCAUGAGACGCGGCAAACGCAGGAACCGCCCUCCUUCCCCGCUCAAGUUGAGGAACCUUUGAGAAAGAGCUGGCACGUUGAGUCGCCAGAUCGACAAGAUCCAGAGGUUGAGCAUUUCACUCCGCCGCAUCCCGAACCCAACCAUGGGGAAAACUGUUACGAUCACAGCAUGAGUUGGAACCACGAAGUGGACCUCAAAUCUCCCCAUCGGACAUACGGGGAGAUCGAAGCCGCCGUCUCCAAAAUAACCAGUCCUUAUUCUCAUUCAGAAGGUGAUCUGCAGCACUUGUCCGGACACCCAUCUGUAACUCCUCCAUACGCCACCUGGAAUAGGUGGCACAAGGAAGAAGACCCUGAGGAUUUUGAUGAGCAGAAGGAGGCUGUGGCCGAUAUUCCUUCUCUGGAGAGACCUGAUACAGCUCUGGAUGAGGAGCCCAGUUAUUUAAAUACUUCGUCAUCAUCCACGAGACUCGAGUCGUUUUUCCAGGACUGCAACAGAUCAAAUAUUGAGGUCACUCACCAGAUGGACACGGAGACCGCGUGUGAGGAGCCAGGCAGCAGGCAGAGCACGCAUACCUUCUGUCCUACCACCGACGGGCAUCUCACUUCAGCUGUUGCUCCCGAGCCAGUUGUUCCUUGGGCAGAUCCGUUCUCUACUGAUGCGGAUGAGCUGGAUGACCUUGGACCGUUCUCCUUGCCUGACCUCCCGCUCCCGGAAAAGCCAGAAGAAGCUGAGCAUCGAGACUCUGAUUUUGUUGACCUGAACAAGUCUCACAUCAGACACACAAUGAUGGAUGUUGAUGACCCGGACUUGAUGCAGGUAGACCUUUCAGGUCAUGUGGAGACUCCAUGCUCUGCUCAAGACCAAAGGCUGGGGGAACCCACUGGGCAAGAUUUAGUUGUCCCAUCAUCGCAUAACACCUUUCAGCAGGAGUUGGACCCCGAGCCUCAGAGUGUUCCGGUCAAUAGCCCUCUGGCUUUCACGCAACAUAGCAUCAUGUUGGAAAGUAAAAUGCCAUACGGAGCGCCGGAUGAGUCCGAUCCUCAUAUGUUGUGUUCGCCGGUGAAAUCCGACAGCAGCCAACUCCAUCACAUCCAGAUUCAACCCCUGCCCGAGUCUUUGCAGUUGCCCCAAGACGACACCGUGUCCGUUGAUAAGUCAGAGGCCAGACAGGAGAACAUCUCCGAGCCCCUCACUGAACCUUCCUCACCCGAUCCUGGUCCCCAUCUCCCAGUGGCUGUUACCCCUCCCAGUUCAAUGGAACAUUCAGACACUCAAGAAACAACACAAAAGCCAGCGCAGGUACCCCAGAGCACAGUGUCUACGGAUAUUCCCAAAAAGGUGGAAGAGAUCCCUCAGAGGAUGACACGCAACCGGGCAAAGAAUCAUCUUUCUGCUGCGGUUUCCUGUCCAACCAUAACUUCAACAACUUCCCUGUCUGUGACCAUUAGUCCAGUAGUGACCAUUAACGCGAUCCCUACGAGAACGCCAACUCCCAAUUCGGUCUUGGCCUUUUCAUCUCUGAAGAAAGACAAAGACUCGUUGCUUGGCAUUUCAUCGACCGCAUCCAAUUCCACUCUGACACUCUCCGUACCAACUUCUUUGACCACCUCGCCUACAGUGGUCCUGAGCAAAACCAGCAAAGGCCGUCCACUACCCGUAGAGGAAGACGAUUCUCAAACCCAGCACCCGCGGAAACGGAAGUUUCCCCGUUCGACUGGGCAGCAGGUGCAAGUACAGCUGGUGAACACGGCCAUGCAACAGACGCGGGAAAUGAUUCAGCAGACGCUGGCCGUCGUCGUCAACGCCAUAAAGUUGGAUGACAUCGAGCCUUACCACAGCGAUCGCUCCAACCCGUAUUUUGAGUAUCUGCAGAUCAGGAAGAAAAUUGAGGAAAAGAGGAAAAUACUGUGCUACAUCACCCCGCAAGCUCCGCAAUGCUACGCCGAGUAUGUAACCUACACCGGCUCAUAUCUGUUGGAUGGGAAGCCUCUCAGCAAGCUUCAUAUCCCGGUGAUUGCCCCGCCGCCAUCAUUGUCAGAGCCUUUGAAAGAGCUCUUCAGACAACAGGAGGCGGUAAGAGGAAAGCUCCGGUUGCAGCACAGCAUAGAACGGGAGAAACUCAUCGUCUCGUGCGAGCAAGAAGUGUUGCGAGUCCACUGCAGAGCUGCAAGGACCAUAGCCAAUCAGGCGGUGCCGUUUAGUGCCUGCACGAUGCUUUUGGACUCCGAAGUAUACAAUAUGCCAUCAGAGAGCCAGGGUGAUGAGAAUAAAUCGGUGAGAGAUCGCUUCAACGCACGACAGUUCAUCUCCUGGAUUCAGGAUGUGGAUGAUAAAUACGACCGUAUGAAGACAUGUCUGUUGAUGCGGCAACAGCACGAGGCGGCAGCCCUCAACGCAGUACAAAGGAUGGAAUGGCAGUUGAAGGUCCAGGAAUUGGAUCCCGCCGGACACAAGUCCCUGUGUGUCAACGAAGUGCCGUCCUUCUACGUUCCAAUGGUUGAUGUCAACGACGACUUUGUCCUGCUGCCGGCGUGACACCUCCUUGGCGCAGCGAUAAAGAGUUAACUUUAUCCGAAUCCCUUCUUCUCAGAGAGAAUUUGUUGAACAGAAACAAAUGGAAAGGGCUAGCAAAUUGGGGAAGGGCCUUCAGACAAGGAAAACGGCAAAAGAACAGUGGAAGAGUGCAGAUUUAAAAGAAAAAAAACAUGCUCUUGGUUCCCUUCCUUGAAGAAGGAAACUUGUUUUUAACUGGGGGGAAAGAAAAUACUCAACUUGCACUUUCAUUCUCAAAAGUUUUUACUCCUUUUGUGGUCAGAGCAUGAAUAGCAGAAACCGUUUUUGCUUUGCGGCGCUGGCCCACAACUCCCUUCUGCUUGGCGCUGGCGAGACCGGGGGCGGGCGGGCGGGGGGGACAGAGAUAUAUUUUCUGCAUUCAAUUUUUUGGGGGGGCUUUGCUUCACAAGACCUAUCACUGGGGAGACGUGUCAAAAGAGGAGCUCUCCCAACAACAGCGUGUGGUGCCUGUGUACCAUAAGAGGAGCUGAAAAGGAUCCUCUCCUGUUGGGGCCAGGAGCACAAGUCGGUGCUUCCCCAGAGGAUGUCAACAACAAAACCUUGGUGCAUCUUGUGGAUCUGCUGAGAAUCCACGACGAGAUGACUGCAAGUGACUGACCAGGAAUCUCGAUGCAGGUGCUGGUGGAUUUGGGCUGUACGCGUUGUCGAAUCGGAGACGGCAAAUGGAUACAAGUGUGUGUGUGUGUGUGUGUGUGUGUGUAUGUGUGGGUGUGUGCUCGCGCGCAAGUCUGGGAGGAAGAAACUGCCUCUCAACCAUGCAGGACAGACGACAAGGAGCGCAGUGGGGUCCCCUGAGGUCAGACCGGAGGGUUCUCAACCAGCCCACUUGCUCCACAAAAGGCAUCCGAGCACCCUGGACUGCAAAAGCACCACAAGGACAACACGAAAAAAAAAAAAACAAACAUAAACGAAUGUUGACAUUCAAAGAGACUAUCGAGAAAUUGUCGUUUGUCAGGCGGGGAGAAAUAUUGUUUUUUUUUUUUUUUUUGUGUAUUUCUUUACUUGGGCAUUUCAUUGUUUCUGAGGAAGUGACUUGAAACACUACAGAGCCAAUAUUAGUUUAAUGGAGAGAAAAAAAAACAAAAAACAAACAAAAGCAAACUGAAAAAAAAGUUGUAUUCCGUAAAUGAUGUACAGUUUUUAUAUUCGUUAACCAAUGUAUUCUUGCUGCCUUCUAGAUAAUUUAUUUUGCCACACAUUACUGCACAGUUGUAAAUAACCUAUGUACUGUAAUAUCACUCAAGUAAGUGUAAAGAAAAACAAAAGAAAUAAAAAAGUAUCUUUUUAUGUACAGUUCACUUUUGGGCAGCACUUUCCCUCCCUCAUAUCUGUGGGCCAAAUAUGUACUCAAUUCUGUCAGUAUUGGAAAGGCAAAGUUGUAUAGUCCUACCCCCCCCCCCCGUCACCAUCACCCGGAACGACAUCACUGUCACUUACAAAAUGGCCGACAGACACCACUUCUGGAUUGAACGCCCCCCCACUCCCACCCCCCUUUCCCCAAAAGGCCAACCAACACAUUUCCACACAUGUAGCAGACUAGACGAGGAUUUAUUUAACAAAUAGAGGAAUAUUACUCACUGCUUUACUACACAAUUAUAUCGGAGAAAUCUCAAACCAAGAAAAUGCCUUUUCCGGUGAAAACUAAUGUACUCAUUGUUGGGCAAAGUCACAGCUAUUUAUUUGUUUGAAUGAAAGCAUUCGUGAUGUCGUUCAUGGACUCAACCAUUGUGGUUAUAUUUGAUGUUUUACGGUUUUUUUUGUUGUUGUUUUGUUUUUCCGUUCAAAAAUUGGCUUGGAAUAUUUUCUCCUCAUCCAAUCGUGUUGUCAAAAAAAAAAAACGCCAGGGUCAUCAUAUUCUGUUCACGUGUCUCAAAUAAGAGUGAGUUUGGAGAGUUGAGAGGUUUCAUUCCACGCUGACCUUUUUCACUUUCUGUCUGACUCAUGGUGCGCAUUACUACUUAGCCUUAUACAUUGCAAUGCUGACCCACUGGAUGGAACCGGUGAGGUCGAACACUAAGUACUUUUGACUAUGUACGGGACGGGGCUUUGAAAUUGUUGGAUGCUCGCGAAUCUGUUUCAUAUUGACAGAAAUUCAUUCGGUGAUUGGAUCCCCUUUCUGAAAUCAGUACAAUUAAGAUUUCUUCUCGUAGAACUGAUAACGCUUUUGUCUCCAGUCGCAGGUUUGAUCAAUUAUUGACACAAUUUGGCGACCUUUUUCUUCCAGAAAACUCUCAAAUGGAAUCAUGCAGAAAUCUUUGCCAUCUUUUAUUGUUCAAAAUGUGAUGUUCCGUUCCCGGAUACUCUCAUUUAAUGCCAUUGACGACUAUAGACGUCAAAGAUCCAUUUUUAACUGGGCUGGCAGUGAAUGAUUUCAAAGGCCGUCUGCAUACUGUCAGUCAAAGUCAUUGCUGUGUUUAGGAUGUGUCAUCGAUUACGCUGUGCAGACAAGUGGCUGGAAGUAUAGUUACACCCCUCCAGGUUGGUACACGUUAACGUUUAUAUUUUACCCCUUCUCUCCCCCCAUCUUGGUUUGUGUUGGUUUCUUCCAAAAUUAGGUUGUGUUUCGGUCACGGAAUUAUUGUGUGUCUUUUUAACUCUUGAUACCGUUCUGUAUCUCCGAGGUGUUUUUGUUUUUCUCACACCAUUGGCAUGUCAAUCACAUUGCUUAUGAAGCAGAAUGUAAACCCAUUACCGUGUUUGUCCGCCGACACCCUCACUUAUUGUUUACAAGACAUCCUCUGUGUUUUGCUUUCGUCCGUCAGCCUUUGUUUGUACUUGUGCAAUCGAUCACUGAUUUGAACGACAAAGGCUUGAAAUGGUGAUGGUUGCCACAGUUGCACACUGUGCAAAUCAUUGGAAACGUUUUGGGUUUGUUUAUUUUUUUUUUCUCCCAGAACCCACCCCCCACCCGCAUGUCCGUUACACAGAGCAAUAGGUUGAUUUUUCCAAGUGUGAAUAGUCAGCCAUACCGAGUGAUUCCCGCAUCCAACGAGUGCUCGCACAUCAGUGGUCGGAUGCACAGUCGAGCACUUGGCCGGGGUGAUGCAGAUGCUAAGCCUGACACCACCUCAGUCAGCAACAUAUUACCUCUACAAUCCUCACAUUCACUCAUAAUUUAGAUUUGUUGUGGUUUUCUUACUGGAUUUAGAUAUACAUAAUUGCUAUUUUUUCAUUUGAUCACGAUUUCAAGCCUUUUUUUUCCCUCUCUGUCAUUUUUUUUAUUCAAACCCAGACUGUAGCUGUUUGUUCCUUUUUUUUUUUUUAAGAAUGGACAAUGACUAACACAAAGCAUGGAGAACUACUCUUAAAAUGGUGAGAAAUAACCUAUUUAUUAUCUUUUUUUUUUUUCCUGGCACCUGUGGUAUGUUUUGGUUUAAGUUGGUCUCCGCUGUGUAAAUUUUCCUCCUUGUAAUGCGUGAAAGAGACAUUCUGUAAAUAGUUGUGUAAAUAAAACCUCCCAGGACGUUU